GCCAGACUCUGAAAGUUCCUCCUUGCUCUGAAACGUUCUUCUUCCCUAAACGAUUCAUGGAGGCAUUACACGCCACCAUGAUCUGCUGAAUAAAUGGCGAGUGGUACUCGUUCUAGUCAGAGGGCCAAAUACGAAGAAAAUAAUAAUAACGGUAGGGUGACGCGAAGUGGCGAGAAAGGAAAAGUAAAAUCACAUCCUAAUGUGUCAGAUACAGCUGAUCUCAGAAGGUCCCCUAGGGUAACAUCAUCAAAGAAGAUAAUUCCAAGCCCUUCGCGUACUCAAAAGUCUGAGAGACUUGAAAAGAGAACACUGCCAACUCCUGCAGCUAAAAGAAAAUCUGUAAGGGUUGAUAUAAAGAAAAUGCCGAGUCCUUUGAGGAGAUCUGGAAGAACUAGGAGUCAUUCUUCUUCCAGUCCUUCAGAUUCUAAAAGCUCGGGGUCACUGAGUUCUGAGCAAAAGCCAAAAAAAGAGAAGAGUGUGAGACAGUUGACAUUUGAAUCUAAGGAAGUCAUUGAAAAUGAGGAACAUGAUUUGGGAACUUCCCAUGUUAAAGUAAAGAGAAUGGAUGCUCGAACUUAUCGGUCUCUCUUUCAAUUGCCAAAGAAAGGUAAUAUAGUUAAGAUGUUAGCGUCAAAGAAUUCCAUAUUGGAUGAAGAUACAGUCAGGAAUGGUGUUGGACAUGAUAUGUGUCAAAAAUCGGUACCUUCUAGGAGUAAGGGAAUCAUGGUGGACAUUGAUUCAAAUGUUUCUGCCACAUUGGCUGAGGGUGACAAAUGCAACUUGAUUCCUGAGGGUAGCCCCUCAAUGCUAGAUGGCAAUAUUAUGGGGAUUGAUGGGCCAUCUAAUGCUGCAACUGAUGAGACUGGUUUGGUAUCUAAAAGGGUUCAGCCUGAUUGCUGUGGAGAGGAAACGAUACAUAUGUUAGCAUCAAGGAAUUUCAUCUUGGAUGAAGAUUUAAGCAAGAACAGUGUUGGGCCUAAUAGGGGUGAAAAAUCAGUACCUUCUAAAAGAAAGGGAAUCACAGAGGAUAAUUAUUUAGAUGUGUCUGUCACAUUUGCUAAGCCUGACAACUGCAACUUUAUUCCUGAUGGUGGCUCUUCAAGGCUAAAUGGUGAUGUUACGAGGUCGUGUUCCAAACGAAUAAGGUUGGAUUAUAAUCCUACAGUCAGUGAGUCUUUUAAACCUUCUGAAACUGAGCUGUGGGAUGGAAAUGAUGCUGAUGCAAACAUGCUGCAGAAGGAUUUUCCUGCUAGUUUACUAGCAGAUGCUGCUAAAAAUAGAUGUGUAAUUUGCAAGAGAGAAGGGCAGUUACUGUAUUGUGGUGGAAAAGAAUGCAAUGGAUGCUACCAUCUCUCUUGUCUUGAACCUCCCCUGCUGGAUGCUCCCCUUGGAGUUUGGCAUUGCCAUUUCUGUGUGAGAAAGAAGAUUGAUUUUGGUGUAUAUUCAGUGUCAAAGGGAAUAGAAGCAAUUUUUGAUGUCAGAGAAUAUUCAUCUUCAAAUGUUAAUGUUCAGAAGGAAUUUCUUGUGAAAUAUAUAGGCCUUGCCCAUGUUCACAAUCGUUGGGUGCCAGAAAAUCAUUUACUUCUUGAAGAUCCUUUGAUGCUUACGAAGUUUAAUCAGAAAGAUCAGACCCUACAGUUGAAACCAGAAUGGAGUUUACCCCAUCGUCUGCUGCAGAAGAGAGCGUUAAUCCAUGGCAAACAGCAUGAUAAUCACAGGAAUAACUAUGCUGUUGAUUAUUUUGAAUGGCAUGUGAAAUGGCGUGGUCUUGGUUAUGAGCAUGCUACAUGGGAGUUGGACAAUGCUUCUUUUCUUUGUUCACCUGAAGGGAAGAGCUUAAUCAGAGGCUAUGAAGGGCGUUUCCAGAGAGCAAAGAGAAUUUCUUGUUGCUCCAAAUUAGAUAAGAAAAUAGACCGGGGAAAUUCUUUUAAUAAGUUAUCCCAGAUGCCUGGUGGAGUUUCUUCUGGAUUUCGUAACAACAAUUUGGAUGCAGUUAACAAACUACGUGAGCAUUGGCACAAGGGUCAGAAUGCUAUGGUGAUUGAUGACCAUGACCGAAUUUUGAAAGUGGUUGCAUUUAUCUUAUCGUUGCACUCUGAUACUUAUCAACCUUUCCUCAUUGUCUCAACUGAUGCUUCUCUCCAAUUGUGGGAGGAUGAAUUUUACCGGUUGGACCCAUCUAUAGAUGUUGUUAUUUACAAUGGAAACAGAGAGAUUCGUAACAGUAUUAGGAGACUUGAAUUUUACGAUGAAGGACAUUGUAUACUCUUUCAAGUGCUCAUAGUUGUUCCUGAGAUUCUCAUUGAGGAUAUGGAUGUUUUAGGGGACAUAGAAUGGGAAACAAUUAUUGUUGAUGAGUGCCAAUCCCCCAAAAUCUCUUCUUAUUUCAAACAAAUUAAGAUGUUAAACACACAUUUGAGAGUUCUUCUUUUGUAUGGCCAACUAAAGGAUAACAUUGAUGAAAACAUUAAUAUUCUUGCUCUUCUUGAUUUUCAAUUUGAUACUGAAAAAGAAGAUGGUUUGAUAUCCAAGUCCAAUAACUAUGUUGUUCAACUGAAGCAGAGGUUGUCAAGGCAUAUUGUGUACAGAUGCAAGUCUGACUCCUUUAGAUUUGUUGAGUAUUGGGUUCCUGUACAGAUAUCUCAUGUGCAGCUUGAGCAGUAUUGUGCCAUUUUACUUUCAAAUGAUUCCAUUCUUCGCUCAUCAUCAAAGAUUGAUAGUGUUGGGGCUGUUCGUGAUGUUCUUAUUUCAACCCGGAAGUGUUGUAGUCAUCCCUAUGUUGUUGAUCCGGAUCUGCAACCUUUUCUUAACAAGGGUCUUGAACCAGUUGGGCUUCUGGAUGUUGGAAUAAAAGCAUCUGGCAAAUUGCAACUUCUUGAUUCAAUGCUCAUGGAGUUAAAAAAAAAUGGUUUAAGGGUACUCAUUCUUUUUCAGUCUAUUGGAGGUACUGGACACAGCAAAAUAGGAGAUAUUUUGGAUGAUGUAUUGCGACAAAGAUUUGGUAAAGAUUCUUAUGAACGGAUUGAUAAAAGCCUUGCACAAUCCAAGAAGCAAGCUGCCAUGAAGAUAUUUAAUGAUAAGAACACUGGACGAUUUGUCUUUUUGUUGGAAACGUGUGCUUGUCUUCCAAGCAUCAAAUUAUCAUCAAUUGAUGCUAUUAUUAUAUUUGAUAGUGAUUGGAACCCAAUGAAUGAUAUAAGAUCCCUUCAGAAGAUAACACUUGAUUCACAAUUUGAAUUGAUAAAAAUAUUUCGUUUAUAUUCAUCUUUCACUGUUGAAGAAAAAGCCUUAAUCCUUGCUAAGCAAGAUAAGACACUUGACAUCAAUUCACAAAACUUAAACUGGAGUACCAGUCAUAUGCUGUUGAUGUGGGGUGCAUCUUGUUUAUUUGAUGAAUUGGAAGUUUUUCAUGAUGGUGAAACUUCUCAAUCUAGUUUGAAAUCCUUGUUUGGACGACCACUUUUGAAAGAUGCAAUGCAUGAAUUCUCAUCCCUUCUAUCUCUGGAUGGGGAAGAUAUCAACAUCACCUGUUCAACUUUAUUGAAAGUAAAGCAAAAAGGGGGAACAUACCAUGCAAAUUUUCCUUUGCUUGGUGAGCAAAAAUAUAGGUUAUUGGAUGAAGAGUCACCCCAAUUUUUUUGGACAAAACUUUUGGAGGGAAAACAGUUUCAGUGGAAAUACAUAAAUAGUUCAUCCCAGCGGAAUCGGAAGAAAGUUCAUCCUUUUGAUGGGUUAGUAGAUGGGUCAGAUCUUGUAAGUGAAGGCACAGCAAAGAAGCGCAGGAGAGUGAGCAACAAUAUUGUUGAUCCGCCUUCUUCAAAAUAUGAAGGUGAAAAGUUAUCCACUGGAAUCAAGGCAGGAGCAUCUGGAGAUAUAGUGGAUAAAUCUCAAGGUAAUGAUGUUGAAUCUCAGCAAAAAUGCAGACAGCGUGAUGAGCAGAGGGGCUUGCAUCUUUUGCUGAAGCCAGAGAUCAGAAAGCUCUGUGAUGUUCUUCUUCUCCCAGAGAACGUCAAGAGUGUGGUUGAUAAUUUUCUUGAAUAUGUUAUGAACAAUCACCGUGUCAAUAGGGAAACAGUGUCAAUAUUACAGGCUUUUCGAAUAUCACUGUGUUGGACUGCUGCUGCUUUGCUAAAGCACAAACUUGCCCAUGGGGCUUCUCUUAUACGUGCAAAACAGCAUUUGAACUUUGACUGUAAAAAACAAGAGGCGGACUGGGUUUAUUCUAUGUUGCGUUGUCUAAAGAAAAUAUUUUUAUAUCGUACUGGAAAUUAUACUGAUACUAGUUCUCCAAAAGCUUCUAAAUCAUUGAGUAGGGCAUAUUCCCGUACAGAAGCUGCACGAGAGGUUGAGUUAUUUUUAAAGGAUUUGUCCAAAAGUAUUAAAGAAAUUCGGAAGAAGUGCGAAGGGAUGCUAAAGAACCUAUGUCUUGUGCAAGAGGAAGAGAUGCAAAGAUUGAAAGCAGCAUUUGAGGAUGAAAAGACUGACAUUGAGAGAAAGUACAAAAUAGAGUUAGCCUUUAUUCAAUCCUGCUCUCCCACUAAUAUUGUGAGAAUGGAAAAACUCAAGAUUUUGAAUAUUGAAUACGAAAAAAGAAAUGUAGAACUGAAAUGUCAGCAUGAAAAACGUUUCAAGGAUCUGGAGGACAAGCAAUUAGCUGAAAAACAGAAGUUGCAAGUCAGUGAGGCUACUUGGGUAGAAGAUUUGAAAUCUUGGGCACAAAAUGAAUUGCUAAAUUUAGGUGCUUCAAGGGAAGUUGGGACUGUGGUUGAAUCCUUGCAGGCUUGUGAUCAAGUACUGCCUCACAAUGGUCCAAAGAAUAAUUUUGCUGAAGGACAGGGUCAUGAUGACAUGGUAGAUUCUGUGAUGAAAACUGGGACUGUUGUUCCUGACACCAAAUCCCCUGCAGUUUUACAAUGCAGUAGCACAACUGAACUGCAAAAUCCUCUGGUCAAGCAAAUUGGUACUAAUGAAAUGGACAAUAUGGUUUUAGAAGAUCAACCAAUCUCUAGAAGUGAGGACCAUAAUAGAGCUAGUCAAGGAUAUAUUAUCAGUAAACAUUCCCACUCUGGAGAACAGAAUUCUUUUGAUGAUGUGCGUGAAAAUUCUAACCAUGGAUCUCAAGAUGGUUGUAGGAAUGAUGCUGUAACGUCAAUUCUGCUUUCAUCAAAUAGAGAAGUGUGUAAUGGGGAAACAUCAGAUAUUGCAACUGGAGAGGUGGCUCAUGACGUGUUCAAAAGCAGUAGUGCAACUGAUGGUCAGGACAAAGUUCAUUCUUUGAAUUCAGAAUCACCUGAAAAGAAUAUACAUGGUGCAAAAGAUUCUGCACAAAUAUGUGUGGCUGAUAAAUGUGAAGGUUCAAAUAAUUCUGUCGCAGAGAAUUCACCUUUAUCUGAUGAAAGAAUUGCUAAUGGGGCCGCAGCAAGUUUGUUAGAUAGAGUGGAACUUUUGGGACUGCAUGGGACUGUCAAUAUUACUGAUUGUCCAGAAAACGGUACUGCUAUGAAUCCUUCUUCAUCCAAGGAGCAAAUAUCUGAUGGUGGUACUGUAAAUGAAUUUUUAGAUAGAGAGUCAUCUAGACUGUGUGAAACUGCUAGUCCAGGUAACAGUCCAGUUAAAAUUACCCUUUUGAAAUCACAACCCCAAAAUUCUGGUGGAGUCCUGUCAAGCAUACCUGAUGGACAUGCUCUGGUUGAAGUGCAAGAAACUAGUUAUGAAGGGGACACUGUAAGUGUAUUGGAAAGAGAGAUACCUGUGGCAACACCUGUGAUGUUCAAUUAUACUGAUUGCCCAGAGGAUGCAGCUCCUCUGAAUUCUCUGUCAUCUAUGGGUCAAAGAUCUGAUAGAGGUUCAGUGGAUGUCUCAGGUUUAGAUAGUGUUUUAUCACCAAGGCCUUGUCAAACUGCUAAUUCAAGUGGUCAGGUUACAAUGUCCCUUUCAAAUCCACUUUUGGAACAACAAACUCAUGAUGAAGUCCCUUUGGCUAUUUCAGAUAGAGAUGUUCCAAUUCUGGUGCCAGAAAAUAGUCAUGCAAUGGGGGAUAGUCAUAAUGAUAUAGAGCCUUUGACAAAUUAUCUGUUGAUGGGUAAAAGUACCACAUCAGACCCACAGGAAAAAGCGCCUGAAACAAUCACUGAAUCGUCCCUGGAGACUCCAGUAUCUAGAUCAGUUAAUGUCAUGGAUCCUCCAGAACAAGUGGAGCAAUUAUCAUCUGAGUCCUCUACUGACCACAAUUCAUCUAGGGAAAUGCAGUGUUCUUCUGAGCAAGCUGAACUGGUAUCUAGUCCAGUUCCAAUCAACCAAUAUAAUCAUGUUUCACUGUUCAUGAAGCCUUUAGAGCAGGUGCAACAAUUACGAUCUGCAGAGCUCCCUUCUUCCCAUCUAGAUUCAACUAAUUUUCCUUUGGCAACUGAAGUUGAACUUCAGCCAACCGUGGUUCCAAAUCAAGAUGUCACGCAACGUGGUUCAGAUUCAGAACUUGAUUCACUUUCACAUGAAGUUGUACACCCUGCCUCAAAUUCAGACCAUGAUUUCCUUACCCCUGGUGAAGUAAGAACGCAAUCUUCAGACCCAAGAAAUUUGUCAACUCCUUCAGAGACCAAUUAUCAUCCUAUGCAAACUGAUACCCAUUCAGCUUCCAGAAUGCUUCUGCAUUUGCGUUAUGAUCCACUUAAAAAUGAAUUGGAUAGAAUACGAAAAGUAACAGAACACACUAUGAAAAACUAUGAAGAUAUGAAAUUGCAGUUGAAAUUUGAUUUUGAAAAGGAAUUAGAGGAACUUCGCGUGAAGUAUGACAUUAAAUUUCAGGAGAUUGAAGUUGAAUUUCAGCAUACGAAGAGAACUCUGGAUACCAGUCUUGACAUAGUUCGUAUGAAUAAGUUAUUGGCAGAUGCUUUUAGGUCUAAAUGUUUGGUUCUUAAAUCAUCUGGUACAUCAGAUUCAAGUUACGCACAGCAGUUGUUUCAGCUUCCAAGACAACAAAGUGCUACUUGUCCACCCCUGGUUGCUGGUUCAUCUUCCUGUGGGCCUUCUGCGACUAGUCUGCAGAGUCCCUACACAACAGCUAACUCUCAGCAUAUGGUACCGCCUAUACAAGCUGGUUACAGUGUAUUAGAAGUUUUCUCCAAUGGCGAGAUACAUGCCCCCGCACCACAUCCCCCGUCUUGUAGACCCUCAACAUCUGUACCAGCGUCCAGUGUCCCUGCUCUUCUGCAUGGGAUGCCAAGUCAGACAGAUACCGUUAAUGUUCCUGCAACAUCUCCCUCAUUUUCUCAUGGUCCUCCCCGACCAAAACCCACAACCUACCCGUCUGAUCCUCACUUGGGGUGCCCACCCGGUAGUGCAGGUCGGUUACCUACGCCUAACUUACCUGCCAUGGAUUUACGCAUGAAUGCCAACAGUCAAUUUACUGUUAAUCUCCCAAAUGUGGCUGUAGGGAACCUAUCCAGAUUUGGCACCAGUAGUAGCGCUCUGGCUAACGCAUCCCAUCAAUCUGCUUCGCCAGAUUUAGUCUGUUUAUCAGAUGACGACUAACCAAAUGAAGUGGUUUUUGCAUAUUUUUCUUAACAGGCCAUGGUAUAGCUUUUUCCGUUUUUUUUUUUCUCUCUCCCUAGUUGAGGGGGAUUCUUACACGAAUGUUGCAGUGUAGUACUGAUGCUGAUGCCAAUAGGUUUCUUUUUUUUUUCCAACGCUUUGUUCUAAUAUAUUAAAAUGUAUAUAUGUAAAUUGUCUAAUUUUCCUGGUAUGCAAUGAAUCAUGAAUGGCUGGCGGUUAU